UCGCCUCUGACAUCGACGAAGCUGCCCACCUCGUGGUGGACAUCGGAAAUCGGUGAGCAGCAAAGCACGUAGCACCGAGAGCAUCGGCCGUCUGCGACUGUCCUUCAAGUGACCUUUCCCUAACAGGUGUGACUGCGCCUCUACAGAUAUUCCGUGGCCGAUUUCACAUAAGAGGAUAAUGGAUAAGGCGGUGCUGGACCGGCGCAAGGAAUCGAGCGCUGUGCCCCUGGCGAGCAGCGGGUGCACCACGCCUGACGACCCGGGACUCCUGGAAGCCAGCUAUCCGUUCGCCCUCGUACUCAGACUGCGCGUUUUGCAGAUCGUGUGCGGCAUCUCGGCCAUGGUGAUGGGCACGGUGACGUUCAUCGAGGAGCAGGGCGCUCUCAACCUCGGACUGGGAAUUCCCGCCGGCGCAGCCACCGUGGCCGCUGCAGCGGCCAGCAUCCACGUGAGCCGCGGCUUCGGCGGCUACCGCCCCCGCGGCCCGUCCCGCUGCCAGCGCUUCCUGGGCCCCCGCUGGCCCGUGGCCGCGCUCUGGGGCUGCGCAUGCGCUCUGCACGCCGCGCUGCUCGUCCAGGCGGCGCGCACCGCCCUCGCGCCCUCCGCCGCCGCCGCGCACGGCGGAGACCCUGAUGCCGGCAACCUGGCUGUGCUCGCCGCGGUGAGUGGCCACACUAGAAGCGACGCUGAGACGUAG